AUGGUCAAGAGCAGGGGCUUCAAGCCCCAGGGUCUCCAAUUAAAUCCAAUCAAACGGGUGGCCAGUGGCGGAGUAGUGCCUCGGGCAACUACGCAGGUUGCAGUAUCGCGUUUCCUUGACCGUGCGUGGCUGUCACUCUUUAGGCCCUCACUUGCGGAGAAGCUCGGAAGGAAUUCGCGGCCAACAUGGGACCAAUUGCAUAAGAUGCUUAAAAAGAAGGAAGCAUCAAAUAGCGAGUUCCUUGAGAAGUACGAAAAUGAAUGCUUCAGUAGAGAACUACAGAACUUUAGAAAUUCGAAAAUUGAGGAACAAGAGCGCCAGCACUUGGAAGCGGUCAAGAAGGAGGCAAAGAAGCGACAGCGCCGAGACAGCUCGAGCAGUGACAGCAGUUCAAGCAGCGACGAGAAGUCUCGCAAGAAGAAGCGAAAAAGAGAAAAGGACAAGAAACGCAAGCAAAAGAAGCAGAAGAAGGCAAAGACAUCGGGCCAUGCCGACGAGAAAGCCACUGAAAGUGUCACGCACAACCCUUUCCGGCUUUCCACCUUCUUUGAAAUGGAAAAGGAAUGA